UGGCCCCGCCUCGGGGCGCUGCCCGUGUCCCGUCCGGCCCUGCCACCGCUGCCCGGAGGCCUUCCGGGCUCCGCCGGUGAAGCCGGCCGGCGAUGGGCCCCGGCGGGCGCUGGGUGCGGGCGGCACACACAGCCCUCAGCGCGGCCGUGGCGCUCGGGCUCCUCCUGCACCGCACGGAUCUGCACAAGCAAGAGGAGCGCGGGGAGCUGCUGCAGCCGCUGAUCUUCGUUUUGCUGGUUUUAUGCUCGGUCCUGCUGUACUUCAAGGUGUCUCUCAUGGAUCCGGGUUUUGUUAAGCCUGAAGAGGAAGUGAAGGAAGGUGAGGAUAAAGGACAAGGUGUGGUGAUCCCUCAGAUUCCAGGUGACAUUAAGCUGCGGCGCUGUGGUUACUGCCUGGUGAAGCAACCCAUGCGAGCCAGGCACUGCCAGCUGUGCCAGCACUGCGUGCGGCGCUACGACCAUCACUGCCCCUGGCUUGAGAACUGUGUAGGAGAAAGGAAUCACCCCCUCUUCAUAGUCUACUUGAGCGUGCAGCUUGUGGUUCUGCUGUGGGGAGGUCAUGUUGCUUGGUCAGGCCUCUACUUUGAACAAUCUCGGGAGUGGCUGCAGCACAACAUUUUCCUCCUUGUGUGCUUCCUUCUGAUAUUCAUAUUCACCAUUAUGGUCCUGCUGCUGCUUGUUUCCCACCUGUACCUGAUCUCAUGCAACACCACGACCUGGGAGUUCAUGUCACACCACCGCAUCUCUUACCUGCGGCACUCUGAGCUGGAGAACCCCUUUGACCAAGGGAUAAUCCACAAUCUCUGGAGAUUCUUCUGUUCACGCCACCUCACUGCAUGGGAGAAAAUCUAUUUUCACAAGAACAGUGAGCCUGUCUAGUCCCAGUGUGCCAACACACCUGGCAGGUUGCUGGGUAAAGCUUUGCUAAUGCAAUGGCUGCUGUUUCCUUGCACUGAACUUUUAUACAUCAUGGACUAGGCAGCCUGCUCCACAACCUGUUCAUCUGCAAAUUACAUUUCAAGGAGAGUCAGGGUUAUUUUUAAAAUAUAAAUAACACUGUUAAAAGCAAGAAUCCAGCCAGCAGAGCUGAUUUUCAGACUGAGCAAAGUAUCUCUAAAUCUGUUUCCUUUUGUUAAGUGCAUUCACAUCUCUCCAGAAGAAAUGCAAGAUUAGUGUGA